AUGGAUCGUCAAGAAGAAACAACGCCCGGAAACGCCACAACGGCGAAGGAGAAGAAGGACGAAGGGGCGUGUGAACACGAAGAAGAUGCGUCUAUGACGCCGAAUAAUGACUCCGCCGCGCCAACACAAGAGGUUUCGGCUGCAGCUCAGGAUUCAACUCCUCCUACCCUCGCCGAACUCGUUGAUGUAAACCUAUUAGGACAGAUGCAGGAGAUGGGUUUUAGCGAGGCGCGGGCUGGACGGGCGCUCCUGGCGAUUCGCGGUGGUCCAGCCACAUUGGAAGCGGCCUUAGCAUGGGUAGAAGAGCACGAAAACGACUCAGAUAUGGACCUGCCGUUGACUACAGAGGAGUUAGCUGCCUAUAAACCAUCCAGGAAGACCCCCUUGACACAGGAGGAGGCCCAGCGCCUUGCAUACGAACUCCAGAAAAAACUGAGGGAGGUAGGGCAGGCUGCACAACGGUGUGGGUUGCAGGAACGUCUCAAGAGGGAAAAGCAAGAGGCGAUCGAAAAGGAACGGCUCCGCCUGCAGCAAGCUAAGGCCAUGCUUGAGCAGCAGGCCAAACUGGAGGAAGAAACGCGGAAGCGUGCUCUAGAACAACUGCAGAGAGAGAAGGAGGAGGCCAAGAGGGAACGGGAGCGCCAGAGGGAGCUCUUGCGACAAGACUACAGGGAUCGAUUUGGCUGCGAGAUGCCUGAAGACCCAUCGCAGGCAGACCCUGAGGAGCGGCUUGCGAAGAUGAGCGGCAAGGAGAAAGUGGCGUACUACAGCAACGCACUGUUCAAACGUUACAAGAAAGAAGACCCCCAGAAGCUCCUUGUGUGCCUGAAUACCCUCCGCCUCUACGCGAACAAUGCCAAAGAACAUCCCACGGACCCCAAGUACCACCGUAUAAGGCAAGCGCGGCCACAGCAGCAUCAGCAGCAGCGGAAGGAGAACGCGGCCUUCAAGGCCCGUGUGUUGGUCUGCGAUGGGUCCGUUGAACUUCUCGACGCCUGCGGCUUCAAAGACCAGGGCGACGCCCUGGCGAUCCAGGGACAGCCAGACGGCUUUGUCUUGGCCCAGGCAAUCAAGUUCCUCGAUCUGCUCAUUGGGCAACUGAGGGGAUAA